UCUUACUCUUUUCUCUCUCUCCCUUUCUUUCUCUCUCUGAAAAUGUCUGCUGGAGACCGCGUCAUUGCAACAAGGAAUCCAACCCUUCUUUUCCUUCUCCUCCUAUAUUGGUCUGGUUAUGCAUAUAGUGAUGCUAAGUCCUCAUCUUCAUCAUCAUCCAAAUGUGAUCCAAAGUUCUAUUCUUCCUGCGGAAGCCUUCCCAAUAUUAGCUACCCUUUUCGCCUCAAAAACAACCCUGAACGCUGCGGCCUAAAGCAAUUUGAAUUGGCCUGCGAAAAUAAUCGCACGAUGUUGUACUUGUCAGUCGGGAAAUUCUACGUCCUAGACAUCAACUACACGACUGAAAUCAUUCAGGUAGUGGAUGUGCGCAUCGACCAGCGCAAUUGCUCCUCUCUUCUUCCUUCAUUGAGGCUGGCUAACCUGCUUUCAUAUACAUCUUCUAGAUAUGUCUUCCAUCCUUUAAGUGUAGUACUGUUGGUGUUGGUGAACUGUGAGAGGCCGAUAAAGUACGCAGAACAAAAUACGAUGAUUCAGAAUUACUACAUAGAUCUUGCUGCUGGGUCUAAUUCUAAUUGUUUCAACAAUUACUCUCCUUUAAGACGAAAUCAUUGGUAUAUGCUGGUAGGUAAUGACGUGGCAAUGUCCAAUGUAGCGGAGUUGUGCACGGUGGAAGGGGUGGUUCCCGUUGCGGAUGCGCCGUUCCUCGAUGACCGGAACGUUUCCCUCUUGGACAUUAUUCACAGUGCCAUGGCUAAUGCAUUUAAUCUUUCUUACGGCAGCUGGCGGUGCCCGCCACAUAGGUCCUACUUCCAUUGCCUCAGGGAGAAAAAGCAAAUUUAUGUCGACUUUAGCACAUAUCGCUUCAAAUAUGGCAUCUACAAGUACAAGAAGGGCUAUUUUUCUACAGGCUUCAAUGCUCUUGUUUAUUUCUCUGGCUUCGAAGUCAAUGUCGAUCUCCCAGCCCCAGCCAACGGUAACAGACUCUAUCCCAAAAUCAUUGGCUUCGGUAUUCUUGGAUGUAUCUUACUCCUAGUAUUAAUAGGAUAUCUCCUACUUGCAAGAGCUUUAAUUGGGCUAUCACUUUAUUUGGUAUUUUUGGCGUACAAAUUCAGGAGAAGGCAUGUAUGGAUGAACGAAGACAUUGAAAAUUUCCUUCUAAGUCAAGACAAUCUGAUGCCCAUUAGCUACUCUUACUCUAAGAUUAGUAAAAUGACUAGUGGCUUCAACCACAAGGUGGGUGAAGGCGGCUUUGGCCUUGUGUAUAAAGGAAAGCUUGAAAGUGGUGGAAUUGUGGCUGUAAAAGUAUUAAAGAUGUCCAAAGCUACUGCUCGAGAAUUUAUCAAUGAAGUUGCCACCAUUGGUAGGAUUUAUCAUCUCAAUGUGGUUCGCCUUGUUGGAUUUCAUGCUGGGAGAUCUAAACGCGCUCUUAUAUAUGAUUUCAUGCCUAAUGGUUCACUUGAAAAGUAUAUAUUUUUUGAGCAAGGAGAAUUUUCUUUGACUUACAAGCAAAUGUUUGACAUUUCACUUGGCGUGGCUCGUGGGAUUGAGUACUUGCAUGAUGGUUGUGACAUGAAGAUCUUGCAUUUUGACAUCAAACCUCACAACAUUCUUCUUGACGAGAACUUCGUUCCUAAAAUUUCAGAUUUUGGAUUGGCAAAAUUGUACCCAACUGAUGAUAGCAUUGUCUCUUUGACUGCAGCUAGAGGGACAUUUGGCUACAUGGCUCCAGAGUUGUUGUACAACAACAUUGGAGGAGUUUCACACAAAGCCGAUGUUUAUAGUUUUGGCAUAUUGUUAAUGGAAAUGGCAGGUAGGAGAAGAAACCUAAAUGCCUAUGCAGAUCACACAAGCCAAAUUUACUUCCCUUCGUGGGUUUAUGUUCAGUUCAACGAAGGGAAAGGGAUAGAAAUGGGGGAUGCUAGCGAAGAGGAAAAGGUGCUAGUGAACAAGAUGAUGUUAGUGGCUUUAUGGUGCAUUCAAAUGAAGCCCAUUGAUCGUCCGUCGAUGGGUAAGGUUGUGGAAAUGCUCGAAGGGAGUGUUGAACUCAUACCUAUGCCUCCCAAGCCCUCUCUUUGCCCACAAGAAAUGUCAAAUUAAUAUCACAGAAUCAACACAACACUUAAAGGUAAGCACUUGUUAUUGAAUAAAUGGUCAAUGGUCAUGAUCACUAUAAACAUUUGAACUCAUCCUCGUCUCAGUCCUGUCAUUCCAAUGCCUGCCAUCUUCCAAGGCAUGGGUGAGCUUAGAGACUUGGUUUCUUGGAGCACGCCAUCUUCCAACUAGAAACAUUUGUAAGUUGUAAUUUUUUUUUUAU